CGUCUUUACGCUUGCCUGGGUGCUGACGACAUGGAAUCGGCGUGUUAGAUAACUCGACUGACAUCGCGACGGGACGUGAUCAACCAGUCAGAGCACCAUCGCGCAUUGCGACUUUUGAUCGAUUUUUGGCGACUCCCGGUUGCUUUGUCUCACUCUCAUUCUAUUUCUCCUCCCCCUAGUUUGUCCAUAACCUCCCGCCACCAUGUCUGUCCGCGCAGCACCCCUCCGCUUCCCGGCCGUGGCUCGACAUACCGCCACCGUCAUCUUCGUCCACGGCCUCGGCGACAGCGGCCACGGAUGGGCCUCGGCAGUUGAGAACUGGCGCCGGAGGUCAAAGCUGGACCAGGUCAAGUUUAUCCUGCCGCAUGCGCCGUCCAUCCCCAUCACCUGCAACGGUGGUAUGAGAAUGCCCGGUUGGUACGACAUCGCUAGUCUCGACGGGACCCCCGAGAGCCUACGCGAGAACGAGGACGAGGCCGGGAUCAUGACCAGCCAAGCCUACUUCCACAACCUGAUCCAGCAGGAGAUCGACUCAGGCAUCCCCGCGGACCGUAUCGUGCUCGGCGGCUUCUCACAGGGAGGUGCCAUUUCCAUCUUUUCGGGGCUCACCGCCAAGGUCAAGCUGGCGGGCAUCGUGGGCCUGUCUGCGUACCUUCUCCUCGCGUCCAAGUUCGAGGGACUGCUUCCCGACCCUGAGCUCAACAAGGAAACGCCCAUCUUCAUGGCACACGGGACACAGGACGUCGUUGUGCCCACCGCCAUGGGCAUACUAUCACACGGCUUCCUUAAGGAGGCCGGCUACAACGUCACCAUGCGAACAUACCCAAUGGGCCACUCGGCAUGCCUGGAGGAACUCGACGAGGUGGAGGCCUUUUUGGGGACGAGGUUGCCUCCGCUGUCUGACGCGCCGUCUGAGGCCAAGCCGGAGCUAUAGUGAUUCCAUGCAAUUCGAUGACAGAGCAACCCAUGCCAAAGCGGGAGGAAGGGGUUGCCGUUGCCAAUCGCGGCAACGGCGUGCCUAGUCAAAAUAAACUCGGCCUAUCACAGCACGGCUCGAUUGACCGGUUCGACAUCUCGGCAAGUGUUGGAAUGCAACCCCUGGGUGGUAGCUUAUCUGUAAUGCAGUACAAACACAUUGGGGAGCAUGAAGAAGAAAAAAGAAAAAAAAGACCCGUGCCAUAUUCGGUAUAUGGCUGCCUAGCAUAUGUGGGGAGCCAAUCCGCUGGCAAUGGGCUGGAAGCCUCAGGAUAAUCUCCAAACGAGUGGGACAUCCCAGCGCCCAAAGCCAUUGACCAACCGCAUCCCCGGAUUCUACGAGAGGUCAAUGGUCAGCGCUAAAUCCAUGCUGCCCCCCUAAAUUAGGCUCUUGCCCACCCCCCUUUGGCUUACCUAUCCUGGCUCGACUAUCCAUAUCCGGCUCGACUAUCCUGCCCACUCGCAGGCUCCGUUUCGUUCUCUGUGGCUUGGCGCUGGUCAGUUAGUGAUGGUGGUAGUGGACUUGUCCC